UUGAUGUUUUAAUUUUUCUGAAAGUCUGAAGUUUGAGCAUAUUAAUCACAGAAUUUUUUAAACAUUGAGCUUUUUAAAAGUUAAGAAAAAAAUUUCCUGAAGUGACAUUUCAUUUUAUUGUGACAUUUGGAUUCAAUGUAUAUUUCUGUCAUCUGAGUCUCUUAAACAGGAGUUUAAUCUUAUUAUAUUACAUAAAAUCCUGUUAUUCUGUUUUUCUACAAGCCAUAAAAAGUAUUGGUAUGUUUCUCCAGUAAUUAAUUUAACCUGCAUCAGGGCAGAAUGUCCAACCCAUACUGUAAAAUAAUUCUUGUGUCAAAAUUUGACAGUUUUGUUUGUUUGAAAAGAAUAUGUCCAGAAUGCAGUGCAACAAAUAUUUUAGGUUAACUGAAGCAAAUAUGUUUAUGGUAAGGGAUAGUUAUGGGUUUUGCAUUAAUUUUCAUUCUGCACUAACCUCUUUAUUUUUAUACCUUGAAUUUACCCUGGGUGUAAUUUUUUUGUGUCUCAAAUCCCUUUCAAAAGAAUAACCCAGUACUUUUCUUCUUAAUUAAGAUGGUACAGAAUAGAAUUACGAGCAGUUAAGAAAUUAUAUAUUGUACCAAUUAUUUAACUCUCAUGUUAAAUGAUCUCUGAUUACUCUUUAGUCACAAAUGUUUUUUCUGUCAAAAAUAGGUUUCUAAAGGCCAAAGACCCGUGAUAGUUCACUUCUAUUGUAUUUUGUAGAGGGCCACUUAAAUACUUCACUGUUGCCAAAACAAACAAACAAACCUGAAAAUAAAUUGGGAACGUGGUCAUCAUUAGCUAAUCGAGGCCAGCAGAGAUGAAACCCUGUAGAGAUUAGGUAUCUGGCCUCGGUACAGGAAUUUUUCUGGCUUCUCUUCCUCAUCACAGGCAAAGGGAAAUAAGGGUGUUGCAAAGAUCUGGGCGCUGCUGUUGAAGGCAAAGUGGCUCACUGAGUGUGAAUGGCCCAGUUACCCAGCCAUACUGGUCCCCUUCAUGAGACUUUUUAAAAAGUCCACUCUUUGUAACCUCUAUGCCCAAAGGGGACUUCUGCAUGUUUUCCUGGGAUUCAUUAUCACCAUGAUUCCAUGUAUCUUAUUCCCCUUUCUGUUUUCAUCGUGAGCUUUUCAGGGAACCCCAACUAACCCCAUGCUGGCCGUGAAACCGUUUCCACUAGAGAAACUGGCAAGGUUGAAGGGAAGCGUCCAUAAGCUGAAGCUGAACAUGCCUCCUGCUUUCAGCGCCAGACUUGGUCCUGGGUGAAUUCUCUAAUUUUAAGUUGUUGCACCAGAGCACUGAAAGAUGAUGACACGCUUGUCCUUUGGAACUGAUUGAGCAAUGGAAGUGUGCCUUAGAGACACGACAAAUGCUGCAAUAGAUGAUUCUUUGAAACGAGAGUCUCUCCUGAGAGAGGGAAAUUACCAUGGUUGACACAGAGAUGCCGUUUUGGCCCACCAACUUUGGGAUCAGCUCCGUGGACCUUUCUAUGAUGGAUGAUCACUCCCAUGCCUUUGACAUCAAGCCCUUCACCACCGUUGACUUCUCCAGCAUUUCCACUCCGCACUACGAGGACAUUCCAUUCCCAAGAGCUGACCCGAUGGUUGCAGAUUAUAAGUAUGACCUGAAGCUCCAAGAGUACCAAAGUGCAAUCAAAGUGGAGCCUGUAUCCCCACCUUAUUAUUCUGAAAAGACUCAGCUGUACAGUAAGCCUCAUGAAGAGCCUUCCAACUCCCUCAUGGCCAUUGAGUGCCGGGUCUGUGGGGAUAAAGCGUCAGGGUUCCACUAUGGAGUUCAUGCUUGUGAAGGAUGCAAGGGUUUCUUCAGGAGGACAAUCAGAUUGAAACUUAUUUAUGAUAGGUGUGAUCUUAACUGUCGGAUCCACAAGAAAAGUAGAAAUAAAUGUCAGUACUGUCGGUUUCAGAAGUGCCUGGCUGUGGGGAUGUCUCAUAAUGCCAUCAGGUUUGGGCGCAUGCCACAGGCCGAGAAGGAGAAGCUGUUAGCGGAGAUCUCCAGCGAUAUCGACCAACUGAACCCAGAGUCUGCUGACCUCCGGGCCCUCGCAAAGCAUUUGUAUGACUCGUACAUAAAGUCCUUCCCGCUGACCAAAGCAAAGGCGAGGGCGAUCUUGACGGGAAAGACGACAGACAAAUCACCGUUUGUUAUCUAUGACAUGAACUCCUUAAUGAUGGGAGAAGAUAAAAUCAAGUUCAAGCACAUCAGUCCCCUGCAGGAGCCCAGCAAAGAGGUGGCCAUCCGCAUCUUCCAGGGGUGUCAGUUUCGCUCCGUGGAAGCCGUGCAGGAGAUCACAGAGUACGCCAAGAAUAUCCCCGGCUUUGUGAACCUUGACUUGAACGACCAAGUAACUCUCCUAAAAUACGGCGUGCACGAGAUCAUUUACACGAUGCUGGCCUCCUUGAUGAAUAAGGAUGGGGUCCUCAUAUCUGAGGGCCAAGGAUUCAUGACAAGGGAGUUUCUAAAGAGCCUGCGAAAGCCCUUUGGUGACUUUAUGGAGCCCAAGUUCGAGUUUGCUGUGAAGUUCAACGCACUGGAAUUAGAUGACAGCGACUUAGCAAUAUUUAUAGCUGUCAUUAUUCUCAGUGGAGUCCUGAAGUCACUUGGGAAGAUGGCGGAGGCAGUGUUCCGUCCCCCAAAGAGGAAGAGAAGAGUGCAUGACAGCUAUGAGUCUCCCCUGCCCAUCCCUUGCGGUCAGGACCGUGGUCCUGAGAAGGACUUCCGAAUCUUCCGGGCUGAGAUGAUAAACAGCCAUGUGAUCGUGAGGGGCCUGGAAGACAUGGAGCAGCUCUAUGGGAAGGGUUAUUUUGGAAAAGGCAUCCUGUCCAGAAGCCGACCAAACUUCACAAUCUCAGAUCCUAAGCUGGUUGCUAAAUGGAAAGAUAUGAAGCUAGACCUGCCGGUAAUCACAUCAAAGAAGUAUCAGCGUAACGUGGAGUGGGCCGCAGAGCUCCUGCGAAGACAAGGCCGGGACGAGAGCACAGUGCGCAGCGUCCUCGAGAGCUACACGAAGCCCCUUGAGCAUCCUCGUCUGAAAACGACGGAAGAGGUCCCUUUGGGCGAUGAGCCCAACUCCGAGGUGGUUUCCAAAUCAGAAGGCAGAGCAGACAGACAGAAACUCUCUGCCGUGAAUGGGGUCGAGGGCAAGUCGUGUGAUCUGGAGGAUUCCAGCGAGCGAUCAAACAGCCCGCAGGAGGGCCCCAGGCCUGAGCCCCGAACCCCAGACGGCUCAGGUGAACAUGUGGCCGAGGUACCCGUGCCUCUGCCCCACGGCCACUGGGACGCUCUCCUGCUGCCAUCUGGUGGUCAGCCUGGGGACAGCAGCCAGAGAGCCGGUCUGGUCCCAGCCGGGGAGAGAGGGCCUGAGCAUGUGCUGGUGGAGGAAGCUGCGUGUGCUGGGAGCGAGAGUGAAGAGGUCCCAGCAGGGGAUGUGUUGCCACAGAAGAGACUGGUAUGUAGAAGAAAUCCAUUCAGGAUCUUUGAGUAUCUGCAGCUCAGCCUAGAAGAGGCCUUCUUCCUGGUCUAUGCGCUGGGAUGUCUCAGUAUUUACUAUGAAAAGGAGCCUUUAACGAUCAUGAAGCUCUGGAACGCUUUCUCCACAGUUCAGCCCACAUUCAGGACGACCUACAUGGCAUACCAUCACUUCCGCAGCAAGGGCUGGGUGCCCAAGCCCGGACUUAAGUACGGAACAGAUUUGCUGCUGUAUCGAAAAGGCCCUCCGUUUUACCAUGCAAGUUACUCCGUCGUCGUGGAGCUGGUGGACGACCGUUUCCAGGGUGUUCCUCGCAGACCUCUCAGCUGGAGGUCCCUGGCUGCCUUGAGCAGAGUUUCAGUCAGUGUCUCCAAGGAACUUAUGCUGUGCUAUUUGAUUAAACCCUCCACCAUGACCGAGAAAGACAUGGAGUCACCCGAAUGUAUGAAACAAAUUAAAGUUCAAGAGGUGAUUCUCAGCCGCUGGGUCUCUUCACGGGAGAGGAGCGACCAGGACGAACUUUAACAGUUCAGCCUCAGGUUUCUAAUCUCACCGGCAGAUACCACUGAGCUUCCUGCAUAAACCAAAUUCAGGCGAGGUAAAAAGUCCUUUCGUGGCAAUCGCCCUUAAUGUAAAAGUUGUAAAGGGCAUGGUGCUCCCGCACCAGAAAGUGUUAGUGUUUUAAAAGUUAAAACUCACGGAGGAAAUCGGCCCUGUGCAGGGACCACAGGUUCUAUCCUUGGGUUGCUCGCUCACCGACCCCCAGCCUCUUGCCCUGGCACCUCAGCGGUUCUGGGAGGCGGACUCUCCCAGCAGCAGGGAACUUCCGUUAGUCUCUGAUUUUACCUGAAAUGGUUUCACCGCAGGCGGCUCAGCCCUGUGCACCUGCCUCUUGUUACCCACGUCGAGUCUGUCCUGGAGGAGGGUGCUCUGUCCACAGGGCUCAGCUCUCCAGGAACUUUAGCCAGUUACCCCAACACGGAAAAUUCCAUGUACUGUCUCCCAAGGAUUGCUGUGUCAUAUGAAGCAUUGCAAAACAAGUUACCUCGUUAUUUCUCAGUGACCUCAUGGACGGGCGUGUUGUGUAGAGCACACAGCAGUAUGGGCUAGAGGAGAGUUGUAUAUUGCUUCACCCAACUUGUUACGAAAUAAAAAUAUGUGGUGAGAAAAAUUAA